AUGCCGCGCCCAUCGGUACGCCUCUUAACGGCGCGUCUCCGGUGUUUGGCCCCCAGUGCUCCUGGGCAUACCGGAAGUACGUCCGUUGCACCUGCGCCACCCCAUCGCCGAGCGUCGCUUCACACUUGCGUUGCUGUAUCAUCGGCUUUGCCAGUCCACUCUCGACCCGAGUUCUCGUGCGUCGAUGCCAACGAACGGCGUGGGCACAAGCUACAGCAUCUGGCCGAAAAGGCAAAAUCCGCACUGACGUCGUGUUCAACACGCUCUGCCUCGAACGCUUCUGCUGCUUCGUCGGUAGCGUUUCCUUGCGUCGACGCCAACGAGGCACGUCAAGACCGGUUGCGCGCACAGCUUUCGUCGUCACCGCAACUGUCACAGCAAGAGUCGUCGACACAGAACGAGGUGGACGAAUCGGGUCCCGAACCAUCAUACACCAAAGUGGUUUCGGGGUAUCAAGUCUACCACCAUGCACAUACGUUCAAGUUGGAUUACGGAGGAGAAUUGCCCGAGUUUGAUCUGGCGUACGAAACGUGGGGCGAGCUGAAUGCGGACAGAUCGAAUGCGAUCCUGCUGCAUACCGGCCUGUCGGCUUCGAGUCAUGCGGCGUCGACCAAGAGCAACCCGGCCAAAGGCUGGUGGGAGGAGUUUGUGGGUCCGAACAAGCCGUUGGAUACCAAUCGUUUUUUUGUCAUCUGCACCAACGUGCUGGGUGGAUGUUAUGGCUCGACUGGACCUUCCAGUGUGCAUCCUUUGGACGAGAGUGGUGCAGCGUAUGCGACGCGCUUCCCGAUCCUGAGCGUGUUCGAUAUGGUGCGUGCGCAGUUCCUGCUACUCGACCAUCUGCAGAUUGAUCAACUCUAUGCAAGCGUAGGCUCGUCGAUGGGAGGCAUGCAGUCGAUCGCAGCCGCUCACCUCGAACGCGAUAGGGUGGCGCGCCUGAUCUCGAUCAGUGGAUGUGCACGAUCUGCGCCGGCGUCGAUCGCGCUCCGUUAUGCGCAACGGAGCGUGCUGAUGAGCGAUCCGAACUGGAACCGCGGCUUCUACUACGGUGACGGCCACCUACCGCCGCACACAGGAAUGAAAUUGGCUCGACAGAUAGCCACCUUCACCUAUCGAUCCGGACCCGAGUGGGAGCAGCGUUUCGGUCGAGCGCGUCGAGUGGCUGCCCAGGCUCAACACGACGAAGAGAUGGCUCCAGCGCUGUGUCCUGACUUUCUCAUCGAAACCUACCUGGACCACCAGGGUGAACAGUUCUGCCUCAAGUACGACGCCAAUUCGCUCAUCUACAUCUCCAAGGCGAUGGAUCUGUUCGAUAUGUCGGACCACGCUCUUGCCGACCUGCAACGAAGGCGCACGCGCGCGCACGGCGAGCAAUACUCGAACAACCUCGCCAUCGACACCAAUGCUUCGCCCGCACCAAGACCCAGAAAACGUCAACACAUCAGCACGCUCAGCUCGCCCGCCGCGCACGCUUACGUCCCCGCACUCGCUAGAGGCUUGGCCAGACUCUCGCACAUCCCCACCCUCGUCAUUGGCGUCCAGAGCGACAUCCUCUUCCCCGUAGAACAGCAGAGAGAGAUCGCAGAGUGUUUGAGGCUCAACGGCAACGAUUCCGUCAGGUAUUACGAGCUCGACGCUCCACAUGGCCACGAUAGCUUUUUGAUCGAUGUGCCCAAUGUCGGCGGUGCGAUUAGAGGGUUUCUCGAGUGA